GGCAGAAUUUCAUUCAGAUGGAAAAUUUGGGCGCUCUCGUCAGCUCUUGUCGUUGAAUAAAAGUGGAAGGGUGCAUGAUAGACAUUGGCGCUCUCACACAGCGUGAAUGGGGCAGGAUGCACAUCAGCAGGAAUUUUGAGAAGACAUUCUUGCGAUUGCUGAGCCCUGCAAACCUGACAUACGAUACCAUGGGGCCCAAGGUCAGCUGGGGAGCCUCUGCCAGCGCGUGUGAGCAAAGAGCCGACGUGGUAGACUCGCCGCUUUCACCAUAUUUCACUUCCUCAACUGGCGUGGACAUAACCGCAGCAUCCAUCGCCCUGUUCAUCUGCGUUGCCUGGCUGAAGAGUGUUGACGCAGCAGUGUACUUUAAUCUGCUGGAUAUGAGGUUGAGCCGGAAGAUGAUUCACAUCGGGACCGGCCCCAUCUUUCUGCUGACAUGGAAUCUAUUCAGUGACGCCCCUGAGGCGCGCUACUUUGCAGCGGUGGUCCCUUUGCUGGUCACCGCCCAAUUUUUCCUCAUCGGCGUUGGUGUGAUCAAUGACCCUCAGGCGGUGGCCUCCAUGAGUCGACGGGGGGAUCCCUCCGAGCUUCUUCGGGGGCCUCUCUACUACGGCAUCGUCUUCGUGGUCUCGACUGUUGUAUUCUGGCGUAGCUCACCGCUGGGCGUGCUCGCGCUCUCCGUGCUGUGCGGCGGAGACGGCCUCGCGGAGGUGCUCGGCAGGAAGUACGGCAGAGUGAAGCUGCCAUGGUCUCGAUCGAAGAGCUAUGUUGGCACGGCCGCCAUGUUUCUCGGGAGCUUUCUGUUCGGCUUCGGCUACCUGGUGUACUUCAACUACUUGAAGAACUUCAACCCGGAGUUGUCUGUAGGUAGCACAGCGUUGAUUGUUCUUUUGCUGAGCCUAGCAGCAGCGGCUGUGGAGGCUCUGCCUUUUCAAGACGUUGACAAUAUCACGGUACCACUUGCUGUGAUCAUCCUCGGCAACUGGCUGUUGCCGUUUGGGACCGUCAACUGCGAAUACUGAUCUGAUUUUGCAGGCUGAGGUAUGUAGAGUUCAUGAUUCCGCUGAUUUCUGUGUUCAAGUUCAUAUCAUACUCAGACUAAACGCUCUGGGACUGCCGUUGAGGUGUCCGUGGCCGCCCUCGGCGUGCCGUACGCUG